GCUGGUACGGAAGCCUAAAACUUGUGAUGCAACAUGUCUUUUUGUUGAUAAUUUGUUCUCAUUUAACAGUCAGUCCUCAUUUGCAAGCACUUUACCCUACAUGGAGUAGCAGGUCUCCUUUAGACCUGUUGAACUUACUUUUAAAUGAUAACUUUAUGUGCAAGACUAAGCAAUAGUAACAGAAUUUUAGGUCUCAGGACACUCACGUAGCUUCAAAAAACACCUUGGCAAUUACUUGGGGGGUUUACUUUGAAACAAUCAGCUUCAUUCCCAAUUCUCCAGUGCUCACUACCCUGCAGCUUGAUGUUUCACCACUCUCAGUUGAGGUCACGCAUAGAUAUUGCUGGUGUCACUAAACUUAUCUUCUUUGUACCACUCUGAUCAAAAGGAUGUGCAAUCGAAGCAGUGUCCAAUGCAGGAAGAGAAACCAGUGAAGUAAGAUAACCAAGAAGAUCUAUCCAAAAGAUAACCACCUCAGAGAAUACUAGAAUAUUUAUACACUUUUCAGAACAGAGGAGAUACAGCUGUGGUAAUAAAAACCCACAAAUGCACCUACACAGAUCACAGAUUCUGAGAAACCCAAACCCACAUGCUACUUUGUGCUUCUAUAAAUGUUCCUAUUGUCUGUUAUUUCUCUUUCACUCUGAAUGAGAAUGGACUCUGUAUCAUUUGUAUUCCUGGCUUUCUUCAUCCAGUACACUAUAGCAGAUGGCAUUAUAAAAGGAAAAGAAGUUUGUCCACAUUCUAAACCCUACAUGGCAUUUCUCAAUAUCACCAGUUAUGACAAACAAGAAGUUCGAUGUGGUGGAAUCCUGAUAAGUGAAAACUUUGUCUUGACAGCAGCACAUUGCAAAGGAUCCAAAAUUGUUGUGACAUUGGGAGCUCAUAAUAUUGAUGAGAGGGAAGAAUCACAGCAGAAGAUAGAUGUCUGUGAGCAAAUUCAGCACCCGUUGUACAAAAACGAUGACAGCAAAGACAUUAUGCUGCUUAAGCUGAGGAGGAAAGCAGUGCCAAAUCAACAUGUGUUGCCUAUACGGCUCAGCCAAAGUGGACCAAAACUAAAGACUGGAGAUCUUUGCAAUGUUGCUGGAUGGGGUCGAAUUAAUAAAUUCAAUUACAGGAUGGCUUCAAAACUGCAGGAACUUGACAUGAAAGUAGUUGCUCCAGAUGAGUGUACUAAAGCUUUCCCAAACUACAAUACGAAAGAAUUAAUCUGUGCUCAGAACUUUACAGAACCAAAAUCUUCCUGUUGGGGUGAUUCUGGUGGACCUCUCUUUUGUGACCAGUAUCUUCAUGGGCUUGUUUAUGGUGGUAAAGGAGACUGCGGUGGCCCUCGCCUUUUCACCAGUGUUUUCUCUUAUAUUAAGUGGAUCAAUAGCUCCCUAAAAAAACCAAAGUGCAAGAUAGAAAGCUACUGAUUGUGAGCACAGGAACCAACUUCCUAAGCAUGAACACAAUCUAGAAUUUACAUUAGAGGUUAUACAUUGUGAACCUCAAGAACAUGUUGUAAUUACUUCUCUCUCAAGACAACAUUACCCUCCAUACCCAGUACCACGAAUAUAUACUGUAUUUUAAAUUAAACAAUAUUUUAAUAUCA